AUGUCUUCUGCUUCUACCGCUGAGAAGCCUGUAUGGAAACGGCAGAGACUACUGGAUGUUGCCUCUGGCAUCUUGCUGCAUGAGAAAGAUAUUUGGAUUGCUGGGAUUCUCCCCUUUGUUGGCAUGGGUCAUUAUGCCUUUGUGGGUGGCGUCAACAAACAACUGAAUCAGCUGUACAAGGAAUAUGGUGCUGCCGUCAAGGAUCCUCCGCGGGUGAUAAAUUGUAGUGAAAGCAAACUGACAUGGCAAAAAAUUGCAGCAACCAGUACUAACACAUUCUAUGGCAACACCAUAUGCAAUGUGGCACUUGCCACACACUGGCUGAAUGAUAAAUGUGGUAAGAAUGACAUAAGGGCAGGUGGUAUUUGCCCGGUAAUUGCCAAAGCUGGAACUAUAACAGUUUUGCAAUGGGCCCGUGAGCAACAGUUUCCAUGGUGUGAGGAUACAUGUGAGGCUGCUGCUAGAAAUGGGCAUCUAGACAUUCUCAAAUGGGCACAUGAGAAUGGUUGCCCUUGGGACACAUGGACAUGCCAUGCUGCAGCAUCAUCGGGGCACUUGGACAUUCUCAAGUGGGCACGCGAGCAUGGUUGUCCCUGGGAUGCCCACACAUGUGUUGAAGCUGCAAAGAGUGGGCAUCUCCAAGUGCUGAAGUGGGCACGUGCCAACGGAUGCCCUUGGAACGAUUUUACAUGCACCAAAGCUGCUGAAUUUGGUCAUUUCACAUUGUUGAAAUGGGCCAAAGAGAAUUGCUGCCCAUGGGAUGAAUGGACAUGCAGUGGUGCUGCUAGGGGUGGUCGCUUGGAUAUUCUCAAAUGGGCUCGAGAGAAAGGAUGCCUGUGGGAUGAAUCUACAUGCAGUUCUGCUGCUAUACAUGGUCACUUGGAUAUUCUGAAAUGGGCUCGAGAGAAUGGAUGUCCCUGGGAUGCUGAUACUUGCUCAUUUGCAGCUGAAGGAGGACAUUUGGAAUUGCUGAAAUGGGCUCGAGAGAAUGGAUGCCCCUGGGAUGAAAGGACAUGCAGUGCUGCAGCUGAAGGAGAUCAAUUGGAUAUUCUGAAAUGGGCUCGAGAAAACGGAUGUCCCUGGGAUGCUGAUACAUUGGAAUGGGCACUUGCCAAUGGAAAUUAUGAGCUUAAUGUGUGGGCUGAGGCAAACGGCUGCCCGCAUAAGGGGUCAGAGGACGAGGCAGAAGAGGAUCAGGAUUGA